AUGAGAAAAUAAUUAUAGGUCCUGAAGGAACUUCAAGGAGGUAAUAUACAAACAAUCUCUAGAUUUAAGCCUUAUUGAAACACCAAAUUAUGGAAAGCUUAUAUCAUGCAUCGACAAAAUACUAAAGAGCAACACAACCGAUGGAGAGCUAUACUAUUAGAAAGGUAAUUCCUCUUAUACGAUUAUUGAAGGGGUGAUAUACUUUUAAAAUGACGAUUAUCAAUAGGCGAUUGAGUAUUUCAGAAAAGCAUUAGAUUGCGAUGCUAAAAACAACACUAUAAUUUAAAAUUUGGGUACUUCACUUGAUAAGCAUUAUAGGAAUCUCAUAUAAAGCUGUUGGCAAUUUUUAAGCAGCAUUAGAAUGGUUUAACAAGAGUUUGGAGAUUCAGCCCAGAAAUACCUAGGUAGCCAUCCUUAAGGGUAAGAAGUAUAGGGCUAUUUAGGUGAUACUCUCAGGCUAAUGAAACGAUUUACUGAGGCUGAAACUAUUUUUGAGGAGCUCCAUAAAAAGGACAGAGAUAAUGUGAAUGUUAUUUAAGGAUUAAUCGAGUUAAAGUUAGAUUAAGAUUUAAAAAGCGAGGCUAUAUAGUAUAUUCAAUAAAUAGAAUCCUUAAAAGCGAUUGAAGUGGAUCCACUUUUAUUAAUUGGUAAAAUAUAAUGAAAUCAUAGUGUAACGACUUGUAUAGUCAAAGUUGGAUUAAUAGGCUUUGAAAAUCUUGAGCAAGAUACUCGCACAUGAUAACAAGAACACAGAUGCUUUGUAUAGUUAAGGAAUCAUCUUAUACAACGGAGAUCAAUUUACAGAGGCUUUGAAAUCUUUUGAAAAGUUUAUUGAAUUGGAUCCUUAACAUACUUCUGCAAUGCUCUACUUGGCUUUGUCUUUUGGGUAGCUGAACAGAUAUCAAGAUGCAAUCUAAAUAUUUGGUAAAUUGUUGUAGAUAAAUCCAAAAGAUGCAGCAAUUUGGAAUAAUAAGGGUAUUGCAUGUAGAGAAUUGAAACAGUAUCAACAAGCUUUGGUAUGUUUUGAUAAGGCUUUGGAGAUUAAUCCGACGAACCCACUUUAUAAAAUCAAUAAAGCCUUAAUAAUGAUAGAGAUUAAUAAACCUGAAGGCUUGAAACUACUUUAGAAAGCCAAGGAUUCUUUUAAUUCCGACAUACAAUUAUUAAACAACUAAGUGUUUACAUCUGUAAAUAUCUAGUACAUGCAAGACUAAUUCUAAUUGUUGGAAUAAAAUGGGGAAGAAUAUGAUUUAUUAAAUUAAGUUGAAAAUCUUGAAAAUAUUGAAAACAUUGAGACAAAAGAUCUAGAGGGAAAGAAACUGAUUAUUAAUACAAAUGAUUUGGACGCAAAAGAAUAUGAGAGAAGGAGUGAGAGAAAGAAAAUUCAAAGAUCAGAACAAAAUUAAGUAGUAAGAAUUCCUACUGAAGAAGUCUAAAGCGAGAUUUUAAAUUAAUAAGAAUAAAAGAAAGACCUCAAUGUCAGUUUUAUUCAGUAGAGUUGUUUGAUCCAAGGAAGCAAUAGUGAUUUAAUGUAAAUUGAAAAUACUCUAAUUGGAGGAUAAUAGGGAAGUAUAAAAAAAAGGAAUACUAAGUUUAAAAUUGAAUAGCUAGAAAACAUGUAUCAAUUAUUGAGAUAAAAGAUAAAUACUAUUGAAUAAUAGAUAUAAUUAGUUGGAUUGGAUAAAAGAGCUGCUAUCUAUAAGUAACUACAGGAAUUUUAAAAAAGUGCAGAAGGAUUGAAUUAAUUAGCUUAUUAUAAAGCAUUUUUCUGGACUCUGUUUAAUUAUAUUCAAUCUUAUGCAAAUUAAAGUACUGGACUCUUUCAACAUAACACUAAUCAAACAAUCGAGACUCCAGCAGAGAAAACUGUAGAUAAUUUAGAAGCAGGCUUAGCCAUUGGAGUCAAGAUAUCAGCCUCAGUUCCAUUAAUAAAUACUGUUUUGUCGACAGUUCAUUCUGCCGUUCACACUCUUUUUCAAAUCCAUAAAGACAAUAAACAUUAAGACAGAAUAGAGGCGAUUAACGAGAUAGUCUCAAAAAAAGUGAUUGGAUUAAGUGAUUUAGAAUUAUAAAUAUCGAGUGCAGCGCUCGAUCUCUCUAUAAAAAAGUUAGAUAUAAUAAAGGAUUUAGAAACAGUAGAAAGGAAAAAAUCGAAAACUUUAACUUAAGAAAUGGAGAAAAUUAUAAGGAGAAUGAUGGAGUCCAAAUCGUCUCUUUAUUAAGGUGGGGCUAGUUAAAUAGGAUUGGAAGAUGCUUUAAAUUGUCUUGGCUACUAUUAUUAAAAUGGAUUAAUUGAUGAAGAUCAGGAACUCUCUUAAUAGAUUGUAUUGAUAAUUAUAGAAAAGCGAUACUUUAUCAAAACUCCUAUUGUAGAAUCAAGAGAGUGCUUUUCUUGCAGUUGUUAAAUACAAUGA